AACUCUGUUCAGAUAAGUAUCCGAUUCGGAGAUGGACUUCUUUAGAAAAUUCAGUGAUAACAUAUGAAAAAUGGAUCUGUGUCUUGGGAUUGGAACAUAAAACUAUAACACAUACACAGACACACACACAUACAUGCAUAUUUGGGACAGAUUUAGUUUAGGAAAGUGAUGUCAUAUUGCCAGGCUCAUUCACCUGUGUUGAGACUGUCUGAUACCUCUCCUCCCUGUUACAGCUCUCUCUGAAGUCAUCUCUUCUCUGUCCCUGAUCGCACUCAGGGACCCACAGGAUUUCACUGUCAGGAUUCAUGUUCCAGGCAAGUGACAAGCAGCAAGUCAGACAAGAUGGGUUCUAGCUGCUGAGGCAAUACUGGUGUCUGACUGACAGCAUGGGCAUAGGAGUUUCCUUAAGAACCAUCUGUCUCUACUUUGGCUUCCAGGCCAUUAAGCUGAACCCCAGUAUUUGGAGGUGGAUGGAGCUCAAGAUUAGAUCCCUAAAGUUCAUUGCCUUCCUCUGUUCCCUUUGCUGGUUCCUGCAAAUUUUGAUGAAUUCAUUUGUUCCCCUGGCAAUAAAUGGUCCCUUGAACGGGAAGAACUUCAGUGUGGAAAAUAAUGAUGUGCACUGUUCUUGGCAUAGAAAUGAGGGUUUUGUAGGCUCAUUCACUACAGUGAUUUAUUUUUGCCCUCACUUUAUGAGUUUGGGCUUCGUAAUCUGGGCCUGUAGCUCACUGGUUCUUGUCCUGCACAGACACAAGCAGCGAGUCCAAUGCAUUUGCAGCAGCAGACUCUCCCCCAGACCUUCCUUUGAGGCUAAAGCCACAUGCACCAUCCUGAUCCUGAUGAGCAGUUUUGUUACACUGUAUUCAGCCUAUUUAAUUUUGUCAGUUCAUACAGCUCUACCAACAAAUCAAGGCCAGUGGAUGCUGAACAUCUGUGAGAUUGCAGUAUCAUCUUUUCCAUCAUUCUUCCCCUUUGUGCUCAUCAUCAGUGACACCCGGAUCUCUCAGUUCUGCUUGCCCUGCUGGAAUAGGAAAUGCAUUUCUUAAUCUGGUCCUGGUUCCAUCAGUCUCUUCUCAGUGUCAUUAAAUAUUCAUCCCAACAUUUGUUAAUGUUUGGGGACAUCUGAAAUGUAAGGAAUGUGUGAUGCUGUUGCAAACAAGGGCAGUCAUGUGCCUGCCUGCAUCAGUGCUAACAGGGAGCUAAAAGUGAACAUCACUUGUAUAAUGAAACAAAAAAUCCUUAUUCUAAUUGUUAUAUUCUUCAGUAGGGAAGGCCUGGACACUGAAAAUGCAAUAAUGGAGGGAAUAUUCCUCCAUUAUUCCUGAAUUUAAGGCCCCCGGGAAGUCUAUCACUUUGGGCGUCUUAGAGAGUCCUGGAAAUUGUUUUUCUUUUCUUUUCUUUUGUUUAAAUAUAUUUUCAAACAUUGUUGAGUUCAUCUUUUUAUGACAGGGAAAAAUUACCUGUGAAGACCCAUGUGAGAAAGACAUGUACAUCCUCAUGGGAGUGAGAUGAAUCCUGAAUGUUGGGAGUGUGGAUAGAUGGGAGCACAGCAGAACUGAAGGUGAUGGAUGUUCUGGGUAACUGCUGAGGACAGUCUGAGAAGUCUGAACUUUCCUUUGAGAACAUUAUGGACAGAGGAGGUAAACAAUCUAGCGGGUAAAAAAGAUGUGCUUUUAAUUUCAAAUUAUAUAUAAACUCUAAAUAAACUAAUCCUGUUUUUCUAGUAAUACUAUAACUAUUAUUUAGCUAAAAUGAAAAGUGUUUCAUAUGAAUUAACUCUCAAAGGAAACACAUGAUCAGUUUCUCAUGGGUCAUUUUAAGUAUCUAAAUAAUUUAAAUUGUUUUUCUCAUCUACGUUCACCUAAAUCAAAAAGUUCAAGACUUUCAUAUCCUAAAAUAACAGCUGUAUUUUUCUA